GUGCUGGGCUGAGAGUAGAAAAGCUGGUUCCCUCUGCUGCUGCAAGUCAGGUUGGCUGGGCCUGGUGCUGGGUUUCAGUGCUGGCAUGCUGGUUUAGUGUUUAUAGUGCAAAAUGACUCAGUAGCAAAUCCAAGAUAAAAAUCAGGAUUUUUUUCUGCCCCUCAAGAAAUAUGUCUCCUAAGGGUUUCUUUUGUUGAUGAGCUUGGUUAUUGUAUAAAAUCACAGAGAUGCAAUCUCUUCAACAACACAAUCAUGGUGCUUGGAAAAUCAACUGGGACAGGUUUUCUUCUAGUGAUUCAGUACAUUGCUUGAUGUCAUUACUGUUUAGUAUCAUCUGGAGCUCCAAAAAGUUCAACUGCAAAUGCAAUACUCACUCAGUCAUUAACUGUGACUUGACAAUGGCCUGACUCCAUCUCUAUUAUAUGAUGGAUGCUUUGAGACUGGGGUUUUUGUUGGUGGUGUAUUGGCUUUUGUUUGUUUGGGGUUUUUUUUCGCUUGGCUGGUUGGUUUUAAGGGCAUUUUUUUAGUGCUACUGAGAUUUCCCCUGCAACAAACUCAAUAUUAAUAAUUAAUCAUCUAAAAUGGAUCUUGGAUUGUGUUGCAAAUGAUGAGUUGCUGAGGAAAGCACAAAGGAAACUAACUAUAGAAAAUAAAUAUGAAUUUGCAAGUUCUAUCUGGUCAAUGUUUUACCUAUGUAUGUUAAUCCAUUCUAUCAGCAAAUUAAUCAGCUUUGAAGAAGCCUUAAUACUACAGAAAAGAGUGUUGAAAAAACUGUAUGAACUGUAACCCUGGGUAGGCUAAACCACGAUCUCUGUACCAGCUGGAAUUCCCACAGUGAUCACAGCAACAGUCACAGCUCCAGCUUCCUUGUGGAACUUUCAGGUGAGAAACUGAAGAAGUGAAAUUUGGAGUCAGUCUGAAGCAAAGGUAAAGAGCAAUUGGAAUAAUCAAUUCCCCUCCAGAAGGACUAAUGUUAUGCUGUUUCUUGUCUUAAUAAGUAGAAGCUUAACAUGUUAAUGAUUUCCUGGUUAUAUAAGGGUGCAUUUGUGCUGAGCAAAACUACUGGCAAUGGAUCAAAAGCUACUUAAGAAAGUAAACUGACAAAGUUAAUUUCUUACUAUAAAAGCCUUUUAAUUUUUAAUGGUGUUGUUUUGCCUUUUGAGUGAUUAUUUGACACUCAGGAUAUUAUGAUUUAUAGUCACAUAGGUCAUGUGAUUCAGACCUUUCUGAGUCCUGUUGGGUCCCAGCUCGGGUUUGCCUUGUGGUGUGACUGGAGUCCAUUCUUCAUGAAUAAAUCUGUCCCCUCUGUGCCUUUUCAGGUUUCCACCAAUAGUUAGAGGUUGUUCUAAUAUGAUGCACUGGUGAGUGAAUGCUCUGAACCCUGCUCUUUAUCACAUCCUCUGAGCAGGAGAGUUGAAAUGAAGUGUUUGGUGAGUUGUAGGACAAUCUGUAUUUGGUAUUGGAGAGGGUUACUCAGCUUCCUGUGGUUUUGGCCAGAAGGUUGUUCUCACAGUGAGAAAUUGCCAUUCUCUGAAUUUGAAGGAGAGUUCCUUUAUUUCUGGGUUCAUAGAAUGAUUUAUACUGCAUGGAAUGUCUCAAGACUUGCCAGCCUUGUCAAACUCUCCCAGAGUUCUGCUUUGUAUUUACAAAAAUCCAAUUGCUUAGUUUCAGGCACAGAUUAAUCAGAUAUCAUAUUUUAAUUCUCAUUUUAAAAGCUCAGCUUAUGUCCUACAGUUAUUUUGUUUCUUACAGUUAUUUUUUUUCUUACAAAACCUCCUGUUCUUUCGCGCGGGAUCAGGCUGAAGGGACAGUUCCUCAGUGACAGCUCGCGAGCUUUUCCCUAAACCAAGCGGCUCCUCUUCCCACAAGAGGGAGCUCGGCGGUCACUGCAGGAUGAGAUCCGUGCCGGCUCGGAAGGGCUGCGCGAUCUCUCGCAGGCCAGCAGAGGGGAUGUGCCGGGCACUCUGUCCACAGUUUAGCCCCUCAUCGCAGGAUUCUCAGUCUCAAAUCACAGGUCAGCCAAAGCCUGUUAUGCGUUAAAAGCUGAGGAAACAAGUGCAGGAAAAGAGGUUAAAGCCAGGAAACAAAAACUGAGAGGGAUGAACUAUGCAAAAUGGAAUGAUUAGCCAUUUGUGAUGUGUCUGAAAAUACCCAAAAAUAUUUUGUUUGGCAUAUAAAAAUGCAUGAAGAGAAAAACUUGGAUUUUGAAAGAUGCCCCGUUCGGGGGGACACCGCCCGGCUACGCGUACGAUGCCGACCGCGCCGAGGAGCAGAGGAGACACCAUGACAUGAUGCCCUACAUCGAUGACUCGCCAUCCUCCUCACCACACCUCAGCUCCAAGAGCCGGGGCAGCCGAGACACUCUGUCCUCAGGGUCUCUGGAAUCUACAAAAUCAAGCGAGCCAGACCUGGAGAAAGGCCUGGAGAUGAGAAAAUGGGUUCUAUCAGGAAUCCUAGCCAGUGAGGAAACCUACCUGAGCCACCUGGAGGCCCUGCUGCUGCCCAUGAAGCCUUUGAAAGCUGCUGCCACCACCUCUCAGCCUGUGCUGACCAGUCAGCAGAUUGAGACAAUAUUCUUCAAAGUGCCUGAGCUCUAUGAGAUCCACAAAGAGUUCUACGAUGGGCUCUUUCCCCGAGUGCAGCAGUGGAGUCACCAGCAACGUGUGGGGGACCUCUUCCAAAAGCUGGCCAGCCAGCUGGGAGUGUACCGGGCCUUUGUGGAUAACUAUGAAGUUGCCAUGGAGACAGCAGAGAAAUGCUGCCAAGCCAAUGCUCAGUUUGCUGAAAUCUCUGAGAAUCUAAAGGCCAGAAGCACAAAGGAAUCUAAAGAUCAGACAACGAAAAAUUCCUUGGAAACCCUACUGUACAAGCCUGUGGAUCGAGUGACUCGCAGCACACUUGUCUUGCAUGAUUUGCUCAAGCACACUCCAGUGAGCCACCCUGAUCACCCCCUGCUGCAGGAUGCUCUGCGGAUCUCUCAGAACUUCCUCUCCAGCAUCAACGAGGAGAUCACUCCUCGUCGGCAGUCCAUGACUGUAAAGAAGGGGGAGCACCGGCAGCUGCUGAAGGACAGUUUCAUGGUGGAGCUGGUGGAGGGGGCCCGCAAGCUGCGCCACGUCUUUCUUUUCACUGAUCUGUUCCUGUGUGCCAAACUCAAGAAGCAGAUUGGAGGGAAAAGCCAGCAAUAUGACUGCAAAUGGUACAUCCCACUCACUGACCUCAGCUUCCAAAUGGUGGAUGAGUCUGAGGCAGUGCCCAAUAUCCCCCUGGUACCUGAUGAGGAGCUGGAUGCCAUGAAGAUCAAGAUAUCCCAGAUCAAGAACGACAUUCAACGGGAAAAGAGGGCCAAUAAAGGCAGCAAGGUCAUUGAGAGGUUAAAAAAGAAGCUCUCGGAGCAGGAAUCCCUCCUACUGCUGAUGUCUCCCAACAUGGCCUUCCGGGUGCACAACCGCAACGGGAAGAGUUACACGUUCCUCAUUUCAUCGGACUAUGAGAGGGCAGAGUGGAGGGAGAAUAUCCGAGAGCAGCAGAAGAAAUGCUUUAAAAGCUUCUCACUCACAUCGGUGGAGCUCCAGAUGCUGACAAACUCCUGUGUGAAGCUUCAGACAGUCCACAACAUUCCCCUCACUAUCAAUAAGGAAGAUGAUGAAUCCCCGGGUCUCUAUGGAUUCCUGAAUGUCAUUGUCCACUCUGCCACAGGAUUCAAGCAAAGCUCAAAUUUGUACUGCACGUUAGAGGUGGAUUCUUUUGGGUAUUUUGUGAACAAGGCCAAAACUAGAGUUUACAGAGACACCACAGAGCCUAACUGGAACGAGGAGUUCGAGAUUGAGCUGGAGGGCUCACAGACACUGCGGAUUCUGUGCUAUGAAAAGUGCUACAACAAAACCAAGCUCACCAAAGAGGAUGGAGAGAGCACAGAUCGAAUCAUGGGGAAAGGGCAGAUCCAGCUGGACCCGCAGGCACUGCAGGACAAAGACUGGCAGCGCACGGUCAUCUCCAUGAAUGGGGUUGAGGUGAAGCUGUCGGUGAAGUUCACCAGCAGGGAGUUCAGCCUCAAAAGGAUGCCGUCCCGCAAACAGACCGGCGUGUUUGGGGUCAAGAUCGCCAUUGUCACCAAGAGAGAGAGGUCGAAGGUGCCUUACAUAGUGCGGCAGUGCGUGGAGGAGAUCGAGCGGCGCGGGAUGGAGGAGGUGGGAAUCUACCGAGUCUCUGGGGUUGCAACGGACAUCCAGGCUCUGAAAGCUGCCUUUGAUGUCAACAACAAGGACGUGUCGGUGAUGAUGAGCGAGAUGGACGUCAACGCCAUCGCGGGCACCCUCAAGCUCUACUUCCGCGAGCUGCCCGAGCCCCUGUUCACGGACGAGCUGUACCCCAACUUCGCCGAGGGCAUCGCACUUUCAGAUCCUGUUGCAAAGGAAAGCUGUAUGCUGAAUUUGUUGCUGUCGCUUCCAGAACCCAACCUUGUGACAUUCCUUUUCCUUUUGGACCAUUUAAAAAGGGUUGCUGAGAGGGAAGGUGUUAACAAGAUGUCCCUGCAUAAUCUUGCCACUGUCUUUGGACCAACACUGCUCAGACCUUCGGAGAAGGACAGUAAAAUCCCUGCUAACCCAACCCAGCCCAUCACAAUGACUGACAGCUGGUCACUAGAAGUCAUGUCCCAGGUUCAAGUUCUCCUGUACUUCCUGCAGCUGGAGACCAUCCCUACCCCGGACAGCAAGAGGCAAAGCAUUCUCUUUUCCACAGAGGUGUAGGUGCCCGCGGUACCAACAGGACACAAAGAACUGCUCUUGGCAUAACUGUCACCCCUGAGAAAAAGCUGACUGGUGUUUCCUCAGAUGUGACUGGCCUGUUCCUGUGCUGGGGAAUUCCAGCCCUCAGUGCUUCUGUUGUUUGUGAACCAGAGACAAGCUGGAGAAAAAAGGAGAACACCCUCUCCUCGUGCUGGUAGGACCAGAACUAAGUGGAGAUGGAGCUGCGUGGAAUCUCCACUAGAAGGAGCAAUAGACACUUGAACAAAUGCACCACGGAGUGUGGCCAUUAUUCUUGUUGGGAAUGGGACAGAAGGUAUUCCUCAUUUUAUGGAUUUAAUUUAUCAUAAAGAAACUUCAAGAUUUCUACUGGACCACUUGAUAGGACACCCCUUUUUGGGUGAGGGGGUGUUAAAGGAUAUAUCACAACUGUGUCUUUAAUAACUGCUGAUUUUCAAGUACUGUUCUAGGCCACAAAAAUAGCAUAGCUUUGGAGGAAGGAAAGAGAAGGGAAGGGUCUGGGAUCUAAGAUUCCCUCCUCAGAAAUUCAAGUCUUGAUUCAAAUGGGGUUCUAAAGAAAUCCAACAGUUUUAUGUACAACUAGAACUGUUGGUCCGUUUGGGGGCUGGGACUUUUUGUGUUUGGGUUUUCUUUUUGUCUCACCCAGCCCUUCAGGUGCAAAUGUUUAUACACCCCGGGGAAGGAGAUGCCCUGCUCUUGCCUGUAUUGCACUUCUGAUGGUUUUUUUGGGUUAAGGGAGACACAUCCAAUGAAGUUACUCUAUAAAUAAAUACAGCAAAUUAAAGAGAGGCAGGGAGGAUAAGAGUCAGUGAUUCUGUUGUUUUUUUUGCAUAUAAGCAGAGGCAACAUUGUCCAGGAAGGAUUGCUAAAUUCCUUAGACCCCACCAAACUCGAUGAAAAUUAAUUGGGAAGACACUUAAUUCCCAACACUCCAAAGAAAAAACGUUAUCACUGCAAAAACAAUUGAAGAAUUUGUGAACAAAAAAAAAUGAAUGGCUGUCAGUUUGGCUGGCUGCUUGCUCCAGACUUUUAUCAGACCAUCUUUUUUUGAUACUUGAAUUUUUGGAGGCUUUGUACGUUGCUUCUACAAGAGUCUUUUUCUGAUAGAUACAAACACUCUGAAAAAUGUGUCAGAAUGUACUUUAUGGACAAUCUAGCAAGUAGCAUGCAUUGUGGAUUCUCCAGAAAUUCCAACCCUGUUUUAAAUAAGAGCAGUGGAGAAAUUUCUGUGGAACUCCAUCCAGCAGUACAAAAGGUCUGGCCAAACACCAAUUUUGUGUUUCCCUCCCUGAAUCAGUUGAAGCCACAGGGGUUCCAGAGGCAGAAAGGGCAGCAGUAUUUGUCCAGGGAAUUGAAACUGCAGAAUCUGAUUGCUGGUAUCCAGAGCUGAGCAUUCUGGCUAUGAAGCAGUUGUGCCAAACAUCCCGAGGGGUGGGAGCGACGCUGUUUUCCUAAACCACUCCAGCCCCACUUCCUACCCAGCUCUGCAGCAUCCAUUUAGUGGCAUCUGUCCAUCACUGUCCUGGCAAGAAGAAAAGUACAGCUGGAAGACAAGAGAAGGAAUCAGCACGAGAAGGGGAGGGAGGGACAGAUUUUGAAAGGUUGGUAGGGUCAGGUUGUCAACAUCAUCUGUGGGGAAAUGAGACACAGAAAGCAACCCCUCUUGUGCUGAACUGCACAUUUUCUGAUGGGUGAUCGGCAAUCUCUCAGUUAAAAAAAAAUAGCAAAGGAGUGUUACAAACAAAUAGAAAGAAAAAAAUUAAAAGGGAACUGAUUUUGUAGUCACUGUAAUUCUGACUGCUGCAUAAUAUUAGAAAUUAUUGUACUGUGAAGUUGCAAAAUCAAAAAGGAACAAAUAUAAAUUUCGAUUUUGUGAGUAUAUCAAUAUUUUGCAUGCUUUGUAAGGAUUCUUAUAGGAAUUUAAUAUUGCUUAGUAUCCCUCCCUCCUUAGGUCUGGGAGCAAACCUCUUUGUAAUGUAAUGUACAACUAGAAAUUCCUUCUCUCUUGUAUGUAUUUCCACAACAUUCCAACUUCUGAACCCGCAAAACAGAAAAUGUGUCUGUAGUAGGAGGUGCUUUUUGGGGGAGGGAGGGAAUGAAGGCAAAGAAACUUGAAGGCUUAAGAUUUUGACUUUUUUUUUAAUUUUUAUUUUCGGUUUUUGCCUGUUUGAAGGUAAAAAUUAGUCACAAUCCUGACGAACAUUGACUUGAGCCAAGUCGUGCAGAGCAGUAAAGCACACUCUAGUUUGGGUUCUCUGUUCUCCCUUUGCCCUGGCACAAUCCCACCACAGCAAUCCUUGUACCACAGGCUGCACUCCUGCCAGCUCCCACCUCGGGGGGAUGGACCUGAGGCAGAAGCACUGCUGAUGACUUCAUGGAAAAGGGGAAAAAAACCCCAAGCUACAGCUGGUGGCUGGGUGAUAACCUUUUCCUUUGGUGUUUGGAAUCUGUGGCUGCUCCUUGCAGUGUUGAAACUGGAAAGCAAUACCAUAAUGACUGUGCCAAUUUACUUUUGCCCAACUUUUUUAUUUUUAUUUAUAUAGGAAGUUAAUUUUAAUAUUAAAUUACUGAUCUAUAGUAUGUAACCACGAGAAAAUGGCUUUUGCUUUGGUUACUGUGACAGGUUGUUGCUGUCAGUCUCUCAUUACAAUGCUCAGUUCUAAUGUAACAUUAUCUAACAUGCAGGCAUGUGGAUCAGGGAAAAAAAGGUAAUUUAACUUAACCCGUUAAUUAUUUCUGUUAAGUAUGAGUAUGUUUUCCCCAAAGCUGGUAAUUUUGGGCUGGAAAAGAUAGUUCAUCAUAUUGCUGAUGAUGAAAUCAUGGACUGAUUUGAAAUA